AUUUAAUUCAUUCAUUCUCACCUCACUGCACCACGCUUCACAUCAACUCUCACUCGGCCCCUCAACUCAACUCGCCUCACAUUCGCUACAAAAAUCCUGCCGUUUCUUCUCCUUGCACAUAUUCAAUCCGCCACCCCCUCACACGCUUGUUUCCAGGCAAAUUUCCUUCGUUCACCGUCAAAGCAGAAACGAACCUCUUCUCCUUCUCCUAUCCCACCUGUUCACCAUUCACCUUUGUAUCGCGCUCUCUUACCCUCGCUCUACCCCCUCGAGUCUAUCACCGUCCGCCACUCGCUUUGAAAUGCUCACGCAACCACUCAACCACAACCACAACCACAACCACAGAAUGACAGACGACCGCCGGGCCGCGAGGGAGCAACAAACCUCAUAUUUAUCCGCUUUUGUCCGCUGGCUACAAUUGAAGAAAUACCAGUAUGAAGUCACAUUCUCUCUCUACAUGAUGACGUCGACCGAGAAGUUCAUCUUCAACCUGAUUCUCUUCAUUCUGGUUUCCCUGCUCGUUACCGCCGCUUCACUAUACCUCCCGAACCAUGUCGCCAUCAUCUACAAUCGGAUCUGGUAUUAUGUCCACGGCGAAUUCAAGUACAUUACUGCCGCGGCUCCUGGCAAGACGAUUCUUUCAGCGGACGGUUCAGGCGUUAUCUCUUCCCUGACUCUACAAUCAGUGGCGGCAACUACGGAUUCAGUUCUUCGAGAGCUGUGAUGUGAUUGUGAACCUGUUUGUGGUUUCAUGAAGAAAGAAUUAUGGGGGUUCCCAUGCCUUAAUCAUACGUCUUCUCAGCCCCGGUAGGGCACCCAGGGCAUCGACAGUCAGACUCAGGAGUUGGGACGGGGUUGCUAAUAGUCUAAUAACAUGAACCAUAUAUGUGCUGCGUUUCCAGCACAAUGGUUCCAAGCAUGUGAUAGAGGAGCGAGUGAUGUCUUAUUUCGGGGGCGGGACAAGGUGGAGCAAGUGUAUAACAUGAUUACCUGGUUUUAAUAACGGUCUUCUUGAGAUGUAAAGAGACUGAAACCUCUUAGUACGGCUGGCUAGACUCCGAGGAAGGGUCUAUGAGAAAUUAAUGUAUCAAUUAUUGUACAGCUAUGAAGAGAGAAGUGUUCCCGUAUCGUUCAAAUACACCAACCCGC